AGCCCUCCCUUCGCCAGAGAGGGACACACACGCAGGAAGAGGCGGGGCCGUGGGCACUGCGUCCACGAGCUAUCUCGCGAGAGCGGUCGAGGGCGGAAGCGCAGUCUGUUCAGGAUGCGGUUCCUGGUUGCCUUGGUCCUGCUGAGCGUCGGUGCAGUGGCGGCCGCUGAGGAUCCCACCAAGUCAGUGGAGCAGUCGCUUGGUGACAGAGAGAGCCAGACAGCCAUCAUAAACACGCCUUCAGAGAGUGGAAACUCUAGGUUGGUGGAAAAGAAGCCGGGUCCCCCAACGGGGCAGCAGCCGGGUCCCCCAACGAGGCAGCAGCCGGGUCCCCCAACGGGGCAGCAGCCGGGUCCCCCAACGGGGCAGCAGCCGGGUCCCCCAACGAGGCAGCAGCCGGGUCCCCCAACGAGGCAGCAGCCGGGUCCCCCAACGGGGCAGCAGCCGGGUCCCCCAACGGGGCAGCAGCCGGGUCCCCCAACGAGGCAGCAGCCGGAACCCCGGGCCGGGCUGGAGCAGCACAGCGAUGCCCAGCCUCACUCUCAAGAGCCAGCUCUUGGCACCUCCUCCGAGAAUGCGAAACCUGACUCGGUGCGACAGGAUCCCGCUGGUGCUGAUGCUAACUCCGUAGAGAAGAACAAACUGACCACGAGUGCCUAUCCUGAUCCUUCGGACAAGGACCACAAGCCCUCAAAGGCAGAAGCCGACACCUCGGACAAGAAGCAGAAGUCCACGAAUGCCAAUCCAGGCACCUCGGAUAAGGAACGGCACUCCACUGCCCCCCCGCAAGAGGGAGGAGGUAAAUCUGCAGAGCCUACUCAAGAUGAGGCGUCCAGGGAGGGUGAGGAAGAUGACCGGGACCCUGAAGAGGGUUCCCCGGUCAAAGAAGAAAAGGGAAUGUCUGGCCCUACUUCCCACGAGAACCGUGACGAUGCCCCUGUGGAUUCCAAGAAUAAGGAUAGCCCGUAUAAGGACAACUUUGGAACAGCCAGUGCAGAAAGCAGCCACUUCUUCGCGUAUUUGGUUACCGCUGCCAUUGUUGUCGCUGCCCUUUAUAUUGCUUAUCAUAACAAGCGGAAGAUUAUUGCUUUUGUACUGGAAGGGAAAAAAUCCAAAGUCACUCGGCGGCCAAAGUCCAAUGACUAUCAGCGUUUGGACCAGAAAGGUCAUCACUGGGGCUUGGUGCCUGCACUAUGAAUCCAUUACUCCUGGAGGCUGUUUUUUUCCCUUUUGUUGCCCUUGUUGUUUAUCGUUAUUGUUGUUGUUAUUGCUGUCAUUGUUGGAUAGGACACAGAUAGAAAUGGAGAGAGGAGGGCAAGACAGAGGGGGAGAGAAAGAUAGACACCUGCAGACUUGCUUCACUGCUUGUGAAGUGACCCCCUGUAGGUAGGUCCCGGGGGCUCACACGGUCCUUGAGCUUUGCGCCAUGUGCGCUUAAUCCACUAUGCUAUUGCCUGGCCCUAGUGAUAGAAUUCUAACCCUCAUAUACCUUGAUGAUGAUUCUCAUUUUCCCUUUCAUGUCAUUUAAAUUUUUAAAAACCAGCCACUUGUUUUUGCAUUGUAACUUGAUACAACACCACUGCCUAUGUAGUAGAAGCUAGCUAGCACUUUGCCCACAUUUAGAAUCAUUUGAGUGUGCCUGCUGUACCUUUGCCCUGGAGGAUUUUUUCAGUCUGCUUCAACCUCAGUGAAGUAAUUUCUUAGACCUGUGCCCCAAAUAAUGUCACCCUUUCCUGUUAAAGUUUUCUGUGUAAGUACUGCACACUAACCAAUUGCGCCACUGGAGCUCCAGAAAUGUAGUUUUCUGAAAGCUUGCUGGGAAGGUUGCGUUUCGCAAUGGCCUUGCUUGAAUAAGAAUCCUGGGAAGAGAUGUUCAAGUUGGAUUUAAUUGUACAUCUAGAGCCAAGACUAAAUCAUAGCUCAUCUGACUCGAGUGUAGUCACAUGGGAAUUUUCUAAGUAUUCCAUUAAGAAGCUCCUCUGUAAAGACAUUGGGUCUGAGCUCAGAGUGCCAACAAAGUCAGCCUCCUCACACACUAUUAUAAUAACUAUUCCUUUAAUUCAGAAGUCUGCUGUUAAAUAAGUGAUUCUGAGAUUGUCCUCCCCAUCGUUUUUGUUUACCCAGUUAGUAGAUGGCCACUGUUUUGCAACAUUUUAUAUUUUUUAGCUUUUUGUAACUUAAUGGCUUAAUUUUAUUUUUUAAAGAUAUGUGGGCUAAUGAUAAGUAUAAUUCAGUAUAUAUACAUUUUCUCUGAAUGCCACCUCAAUGUAGUUUUGUAUCAUUGCACAGAAAAAAAAUAAACUUCAAAUAAUAAAGCUGUGAAAUUCUUAGAA